ACAUAAACAAGAGAGACUGUGAGGCUAGGGUGAGAGAGAGAGAGAGAGAGAGAGAGAGAGAGAGAGAGAGAGGAGAGGUUGUGACAUAAAUGGAGAGGUCGGAAAUGGUGAUCCUGAGCCUUGUGCUCCCUCUCCUCCUCACCUUACUGGCCCUAGUACUCGUGGCGUAUCAGCGCCGCCUUAAUCCGAAGGCGGCGGCGGCAUCGCAGCCGCUCCCCCCGGGCCCGACGCCGCUUCCGCUGAUCGGCAACCUCCACCAGCUGGGCUCGCUCCCGCACAAGUCGCUGGCCCGGCUGGCCCGGCGCUACGGCCCCGUGGUGACGGUGCACUUAGGCGCGAUGACGACGGUGGUGGUGUCGUCGGCGGCGGCGGCGCGCGAGAUGUACAAGGAGCACGACGCGGCGCUGGCGGGGCGCAUGGUGUACGAGUCGAUGCGCUACGAGCGCGCCAACGAGGGGUCCAUCAUCACGGCGCAGCCCGGCGCGGAGUGGCGCAUGCUGCGCCGGCUCUGCACGACGGGCUUCUUCGCCGCGGCGCGCCUCGACGCGCUGCAGGGCGUGCGGUCGCGGUGCGUGGCGGGGCUGCUGCGGCGGGCGGACGACGCGGGCGGCUCCGGGCGCGGCGGCGUCGUCGACCUCGGCCGCCUGCUCUUCCUGACGGCCUUCAACCACACCGGCAACCUCGUGCUGUCGCGCGACCUGCUGGACUCCAAGGAAGGCAACGAGUUCUUCCACCACGCGGGCCGGAUAAUGGAGAUCGUCGGCCGGCCCAACGUCGCCGACUUCGUCCCGGCGCUGCGGCGGCUCGACCCGCAGGGGAUCAGGCGCGGGAUGGAGGGCCACAUCCGGCGGGCGCUGGAGAUCGUCGCGGGGUUCCUCAACGAGAGGAUCCAAAGACGCGACAAGGAGGGCAGCGGCGACGACAAGAAGAAGGACUUGCUCGACGUGUUGCUGGAUUUCGAAGGGGACGGCGUCGAGGAGCCCAAGAAGUUGCCCUUCGACACCAUCGUCAAGGUGGUGGUGGAAAUAUUCAUCGCGGGGAUCGACACGACGGCGGGGACGAUGGAGUGGGCGAUGGCGGAGCUGAUCAAGCACCCGGAGGUGAUGAAGAAGGCGCAAGCGGAGGUGCGCGAGAACAUCGCGGCGAGCAAGGAGUACCUGGAGGAGAAGGACGUGAUCAACCUCCCCUACCUCAAGGGCGUGAUCAACGAAACCCUGAGGCUGCACCCUCCCCUCCCCUUCCUCGUGCCGCACAAGUCCCUCAAGCCCUGCACCCUCCUCGGCCACGGCAUCCCCUGCGACACGCAGGUCUUCGUCAACGUGUGGGCGCUCGGCCGCGACCCGUCGACGUGGCCCGAGCCCGAGGUGUUCGACCCGGCCCGCUUCGCGCCGGAGAACCCCGCCGCCGCCGACUACAAGGGCCACCACUACGAGUUCCUGCCGUUCGGGUCGGGGCGGCGGAAAUGCCCGGCGAUACCGCUGGUGUCGCGGCUGCUCCCUCUCGUCAUCGGCUCGCUGCUCUACGCCUUCGACUGGCAGCUGCCGUGCGGAGCCGAUCCGACGCGGCUCGACAUGAGCGAGCGCGUGACCAUCUCGCUGCGCAAGGCCGUCCCGCUCCGAGUGCUCGCCGUGCCGCAUAAAUCAUGGGCUAAGUGAAUUACGUACAUUGAUGGCAAUAAUAAACAAGAAGAAGAAGAAGAAGAAGAGCAAGAGGAGCGAGGAGAUAUAUGUAUCAACUUUGUGAACUUAUUAGGGUUUUCUUUUUUUUCUUUUUUCUUUUUUUUUAAAUCUCUCGGCUCCUUUCACUGCUGCUACGUACGUACAAAAUGGCUACCCAUCUAUCGCUGUUUAUGUGAUUUAACGUGUGGAAAUAAGUGGCCACUGGCUCUUUGUUUCAUUAA